UCGGAGCCUCCUCCUCUCGCCACUUCGCCCUCCGAUUCCUAAUUCGGUCUCGUAAGCUUGGUCUUCGAUCGAGGUGGUAGAUGGCGUCUAGGGUUUUAUCUCGUAUUGCUAGAAGCGGCUCGUCCCGCCGCUUGAUUUCGCCGUCGUUCCGGCAGGAGUCUCUGGGGAAUCUCUCCGGCGGCUUGCCUCCUGCAAAGGAAUGGGCAUCAUCUACAAAUUCUUCGGCCAAGGAUGUGAGAAAGGCUGAAGGAUCGUUUAGUAAACUUUUCAGAUGGCAUAUGAUCAACAGAAAUCAUGCAGUUCAGCCUACCAUACAUGACAGAAAGCACUGCACAAUUUCUUGCUUAGUGAGAACAACUGCAUCAAAUUAUUCUACACAAGCAUCAGAACAAAGAACAAAAGAGGAGAAAAGAAAAGAUAUAUCUACAGUCGAAGAUCCCUUUGAUGCACCUACAUACAAUAUUCCAGAAAAACCAGUGACAUUUGCAGAGGGCGCUUCAUACAGUCUAAUAAUACUUGCGGGUCUGGGUGUUGCAGGCUUGGCUGCAUAUGCUGUCUUUAAGGAGUUAAUUUUUGAGCCAAAAGAGUACAAGAUUUUCGGAAAGGCUCUUGAAAGGGUGCAGAAUGAUAGUCAGGUUACUGUGAGAAUUGGCUCUCCUGUUACUGGCUAUGGCCAAGAAAGCAGAAAUCGGGCUGCUCGUCAACGUAUUCCAAAUAGGGUUUGGACUGAUGAAGAUGGUAUUGAACAUGUUGAGGUAAACUUCCAUAUUCGCGGACCACAUGGAUUUGGCAAGGUGUACACAGAAAUGUUCAAAAACCAGGCUGACAAGAAGUGGACAUUCACAUACUUGAUUGUGGAGAUCAAGUCCCCGUCGCCGGCACAACUGAUGCUAGAGUCAUAUGUUCCUGCGUAGCUCAAAGUCAAACCAGACAGUUUUAUCAGGGUGGUUCUGAUGGUUGCUAAAGGUGAGCCCCUCCACAUCUGCUGCAGGUUUCAACCAUCUGCUAGUCAAAGAAGGCAAAAUGCUUGUCAUGCUUACAUUUCAUUUUUGACAUGGCUGAGCUGUUCUUUUGGGUACCUCAAAACUUCCAUGAUGAUUCAGAUACCGUCUAAUUUCUUUCUUCCAUAUUGACGGCCAAGGAAAAAAAAGAAAAAGAAAAAGAGGUGGUUCAAAGCUAGAACUUGUGUCCUCCUAUAUCCUUUUUUUCCUCAUUUUUUUAAUACUAUGUCCUAUUCUUUUUGCUUAUGGCAUCAAGAAAAUUAUCAUGUAGGAUGAGAUGACAAUCUAUCUAGAGUGUAGUCUUUUGACCUAUUUUCAAUUGGAGGAAGAAGAUUGCAAGGUGUGCUCA